CUCUGUCGUUUCCUUUACGUCACAGUUAGAUUGAGAAAGUUAGGCCAUCAGGAAAAGUAGACUCUCUUCCCAGUCCCUAUGAAUAAUAAUAUUGUAUCUAUAGCUUUGAUUUAAUAUAAAACUACCAUGUAUGUAUCACAGCGACUUUCUCUCUUCUCUCACGUCUCACCAGUCACUACCCGGGCUGUAGACCCUUGCCAAGAGUCGUCUUCUGAACACGCCUAUACUCAAUAUAUCUUUCCCUUCCCCUUUCGUCUCUCCUGUUUCUUUGUCUCUGAAGAAACAAAGAGAAUAAUUUAAAUUACAAGCACAAGUCCAGGGUGUGGAGUCGUUCCUGAAGAUGAUGACAUGCUUAUGCAUGGUUCGAUAUUUCAAGAAACUUAGUGCUCUGUUCUUAGCAUUCAUCCUCGUACUGAGCAGAGUGUCUGCAAGGUUUGUUGUGGAGAAGAAUAACAUCAGAGUGCUAUCUCCGUUGAGUCUGCGAGCAAAGCAUGACGGUGCGACAGGUAACUUUGGAAUACCAGACUACGGAGGGUUCAUUAUUGGCUCAGUGGUUUAUCCGGACAAAGGGGCUAAUGGCUGUGAACCCUUUGAUGGCGUGACCUUCAAGUCCAAGCUUCCUCGCCCCACCGUUCUCCUCCUCGAUCGUGGAGAGUGUUACUUUGCCUUGAAGGUAUGGCAUGGCCAACAAGCUGGUGCUGCAGCAGUAUUGGUGGCUGAUAGCAUAGAUGAACCUCUAAUAACAAUGGAUUCUCCAGAGGAAAGCAGUGAUGCAAAUGAGUAUGUGGAGAAGAUUGGAAUUCCAUCAGCUUUGAUAGAAAAGUCUUUUGGUGACAGCCUGAAGGGCGCCCUGAAGAAGGCUGAAGAUGUUGUGGUAAAAUUGGACUGGAGGGAGUCAGUGCCCCAUCCUGACCAGAGAGUUGAAUAUGAGCUUUGGACGAAUAGCAAUGAUGAGUGUGGGACUCGUUGUGAUGAGCAGAUGAAUUUUGUAAAGAAUUUCAAGGGCCACGCGCAGAUACUUGAAAAAGGGGGUUACACUUUGUUCACACCACAUUACAUAACUUGGUUUUGUCCUCCGGCUUUUGUUUUUAGCAGUCAAUGCAAGUCUCAGUGCAUAAACCAUGGAAGAUAUUGUGCUCCUGACCCAGAACAAGAUUUUGGAGAGGGAUAUCAAGGAAAGGAUGUGGUGUUUGAGAACUUGAGACAGCUCUGUGUGCACAGAGUUGCCAAUGAGAGCAAGAGGUCUUGGAUUUGGUGGGAUUACGUGACAGAUUUCCAUGUCAGGUGCUCCAUGAAGGAGAAGAGAUAUAGCAAAGAAUGUGCUGAGGAUGUCAUGCGCUCACUUGAUUUACCAAUUGAGAAAAUUAAAAAGUGCAUGGGUGAUCCUGAAGCCGAUGUUGAGAAUGAAGUCCUGAAAACUGAGCAAGAACUUCAGGUUGGCCGAGGUUCUCGUGGUGAUGUUACCAUUUUGCCAACAUUGGUUAUCAACAAUGCUCAAUAUCGAGGAAAAUUGGACAGAACUGCUGUGCUUAAGGCCAUCUGUGCUGGAUUCAAGGAGACCACAGAACCUUCAGUUUGUUUAAGUGCAGAUCUUGAAACCAAUGAGUGCCUUGAAAGAAAUGGUGGUUGUUGGCAUGAUAAACAAGCUAACAUAACUGCAUGCAAGGACACAUUCAGGGGAAGAGUGUGCGAGUGCCCCACUGUGAAGGGCGUGCAGUAUAGAGGAGAUGGAUACGUAUCUUGUGAAGCUUUUGGACCUGCGAGAUGUACAAUUAACAACGGAGGUUGCUGGUCUGAAACAAAAAAUGGGUUGACUUUCUCAGCCUGCUCAGAAAACCAGUUAAAAGGUUGUCAGUGUCCACAAGGCUUCCGAGGGGAUGGUCAUAAUUGUGAAGAUAUCAAUGAAUGCAAGGAACGAAGUGCUUGCAAGUGUGAUGGUUGCUCCUGUAAAAACACUUGGGGUUCAUAUGAGUGCAAGUGUAAAGGUGACCUUCUGUACAUAAGGGAGCAAGAUGCUUGCAUUGUUAUUUUCUGCAUCAUUUCCAUUUUCAAUGCUUUUGAUACAGAGUUUUGCCAUCUUUUUGGGGAAGAAAUGCUGAAGAGAAAUGGAUCACGCUUUGGGUGGUUCCUCACCUUCUUGGUCCUGGCAGCUGUGGCGGGCAUUGGUUUAGUUGGCUAUAUAUUCUACAAAUAUAGGCUCCGGUCUUACAUGGACUCAGAGAUCAUGGCAAUCAUGUCUCAAUACAUGCCGCUUGACGGUCAACAUAACAAUGAAGUUCCUAGUGAGGCGCAACAUUUGCGACAAGGCUCCGCAGCAUAAAUGGUUACUAAACCUCGGUUGCUAUUUGAGCUAGCAGGCCCCCGUUAGUCAUCAUGUUCUGUUGCAGAUGGAGGUUAAAAGCAGUCAGUACUACGCUUUGUGCUGGUGAUCAUAGCUAUACGCACAGCGCACGCUUGUUUUACAGCUAUAGAUACAGAAAUUUUACUUGACAGAUAACAGAGCCCUCUUUUUUAUUUUUUACUUUUUUUUCCCCCGCUUUGUAGUUUGUAGAUAAAAUAGUUGACAUGUAAACACGGGUUGAAUAUCAUGUGAUGACUCAUGAUCUGUAUUCUAUACAAGCAAAAAAAGUAAAAGAAUAAGAGAAAAGGGUUGUUGUAAAAUUCAACCAGUUCCACGAUUUCCAAUCAUUACGAAAGAUUGCUGUUGUUGCAGCUUGUAAGCA